AUGGCUUCCAAUUUUCAUGAUAUGUGUGACAUACAAUGUGUUGAUCAGAAAAGCAGUGGCAGCGAUAGUAGCAGUACAGGGGAAGAAGAAAGACUGAGACAAUUGUUUCUAAGCUGUGAUUCAAAUAAUGAUGGGUGCUUAGAUUGUGAAGACUUAUACAAUAUGUGUAAGAAACUAAACAUGGCUGAAUGUGCCGAGGAAAUUAUAAACACAUUUGGCGCUAACACUAAAGGGUGCAUUACAUUUGAUGAGUUCCUUAGCUGUCGUGAAAAAGUUUUUCAGAUGCAAACUGAAGCGGAUAAUAUAUAUUUCUCAAGAUCUGGUUUACCACAUCAUCUAAAUCAUAAGCAACCUGGAUUUAGUUGGCCCGUUUACACAACUGGCAAAUUGCAUACAGAGGUUAAAAAUAAUGGACAAGAAGUGAAUGAAAACUCUGUUCGCAAAAUGAACGAAAAUGUCAAUCUCGAGAGUUCUGCCAGCGAAACCAGCCUUGUUAACUCAGGCGCAGAAUAUGAUUCUGGAGCUCAAGAUCUUUGUGGUGAACCGCAAAGUUUACACUUGUUAAUGCAACGUGAUUUCCCUGAUUUAUAUAAAAUUAUAUUUCCAUUACCUUUGAAUUCAAUAAGAAAUAAUUUUGAAAAUGAUACAAUGACAAAUGAAUUCAAUUUAUUAUCUGUCACUAAUAUGGAUAAUUCUACAAAAGACUUACAGAAUCAAAAACUGACUAAUGCAAUAAAUAUUCAGUCUGUAGAUAAAUUAAGUAAUUUGCCAAGGCACAUAGAAGCAGAAUCAUUUGGUAUAAAAUCAAAAGAAGUUGAGUCAAAUCACUUUUUAGAUCAUGUUCGACACUUAUUUGAAUGUGCGAAUACUCUACAUGUACAACGGACGGCUCAAUUACGUUCCGAAAUUCGUGAUCUGUCUCACAGACUGCAAGGGUUACAGACAAGUCGAGAUAUGAAUUAUCGUGAAGUACAACGUUUACAACGUGAAAAAGAACAAUUACGCAAUGAAUUAACUAAUCAAGUAUCACGUUAUGAAGAUCGUUUAACUGAAUUACAUAGUGUUAUUGCAGAAUUACGACGUCGUUUAGAACAUUCAGAAUCAAAUAUUAUACAUGAAGUAGAAGAGUUUGAAGAAAACGAUGGCGAUGAUGAUGAUAAUGAUAAUGAUAAUGAUGAAGUAAAUGAUAAUAAUGUAUUGAUUAAUUAUAAAUCAGAUAGAAAAUCAAGAAACUCAAAAUUAUCAUUAUUAAAUACAUUCAAUACUAAUAAUAUCAAUGAUUAUUCAACGAAUCAAUAUGAAUUGGAUAAAGAGACUAGUAGAAAUAGUGAUACAUCAGUUGAUGUUAUAAUGGAUGGUGAUGAUGAUGAUAAUGUUGAAGAUGUUGUUAGUCCAUCAAAUGACACUACCAAUGAUAGAUUAAAUAAAUCUAUUGGAAUUGUAAGACAUUAUCAACAUUCACAACCAACUUCACAUAAAUUUUUAAUGCAAACAGCAAAUCUUACCUAUGAUCGAUUGGAUCAGAAUCAUGAACUAGCUUGUCUAGUUAGUAACAAUAAUAAUAAUAAUGUGAAUACGGAGGGAGUAUCUAAAAAUUAUAACCAUGAUCUUUGUAUAAAAUAUGAAACAAUUUUAUCAAAUAUGCAAGCUCAAUUAACAUGUGUCAUUGAAGAACGAGAUAUGUUAGCUAAUCAAUUAAAUGAAUUGACUGAAACCAAUAAAUCAUUACUUCCUAAUUCAACAAUACAAACAUCGACAAUAGUCACUGAAAGUGUUUCAUCAUCUUUACCAGUCGCGACACCAACAAUAUCAGAAAUAGUAGGAUUAAAAUCAUGUUCUGUAUCACAUCCAAUUAUGGGUUUAAAUCGAUCUGUUCAAAUGAAAUCCAAUAAUAAUAAUAAUAAUAAUAAUAAUAAUAAUAAUAAUAAUAAUAAUAACAAUAAUAAUAAUAAUAAUAAUAAUAAUAAUAAUAAUAAUAAUAGUAAUUUAUCAUAUCCUCCAACAUCCUCUCUUCCGACUCCUUCUUCAACAACAGGAUUUUCAGUAUCUAAACAACAAACAAAUGUAGAUAACAAUAUUAUUAACCAAUUACAUAAGACUAUUUCAUCUGAACAUUUAAAUUAUAACCAAGUAACUAGUACAACAACAACAACAACAACAAAAUCAUCAAUAGCAACAUUCACAACAAAUACAACAAUGACAACACAAAUGAAUUCGAAUGUUUAUGAUUUACCUGAACCAGAAUGGAUUACAAAACUAUUGAAACAAUAUUAUGAAUAUAAUAUAACUCAUAAUAAACAAAAUAUUCCAUGUAGUUUAUUUGGUAAUGAGUUAUAUUCACCUACAACAACAACAACAACAACAACAACAAAUGCUACUAAUGAUGGUGUUGGCGGUACUGGUACCGGUACCGGUACCAAUCAUAGUGCCAAUAAUCUUGGCUAUUGUACUAAUAUAACAGGAAUAUUACCAUUUGAUUUUGAACAAUUUUUAUUUGAUCAAUUCGAUUAUGAAGAAUUAUGUACAGAUUCAAUGAAUUUACCUAUUCAAUUUACACCAAAUACAUUAAUGUUAUUUUUAAUUAGUUUAGCUAAUUUCACUCCAUAUACACGUUUAUCCGAUAUAGCUAAAUGUGCUCAAUUAACAUUAUAUCGUUUAUUAACUAGAUUAGUACGUUAUCAAACUGAUUGUUUAGUAUUACAAGCUAAUUUAACUGAAAUUAAAUUAAAUGCUGAUCAAAUGCAAUGUCAAUUAAAUCAAAUUGAAUCAAAUUAUUCAAUUAUGAAUCGAGCUAUACAAAUAUCUGAAUCUGCAUUAGAAAUUAGUGAUUGUUUAAAUCAGUUAUAUUCCACGGAAUUAGCUGUCACUAUAUUCCGUCAAUCACAAAAUAAUCAAAUGUUGAAGCAUCCAUUCUCAACAAUAUCAUCGUCUACAUCAUCUUCAUCAUUUCAUGGUCAUAGUAAAUCAUCUCAAUUACAUCAAUCACAACAUCAUCAACAAUUGAAAAGAUAUAAUCAUUCACAACAGAUUUCUGUUACCACAUCACCAUAUCAAUUGUAUUCUUCAAUUGGUUCUUCGGAAGAACAUGAUUUAUUAAAUAAUGCAACCAAUACUACCAAUAAUACAACUGCUGGAGUUGGACAACAACAACAGAUCUUUUCAAUGAAUCAUUUCAAUUUGCAUAAUUUGAAAUCAUUGAGACAACAAGUUGAAUUUCUAGCUUAUACCAUAUUAGAUAAAUAUGAAACAUCAGAUGGUGGUUAUGAAAAAAUUCUCCCAACAUCAUUAUCUAAUUUAACAAAUAUCAAUAUGACAACAACUUCAGUUAAUGGUAAUGUAUCUACUGUAAAUAGUACUAAUUUAUCUCAAUUACAUUGUUAUCAACAUAUUCAACAUUCUUCUCAAUCACCUAUAAGUCCUGGUCUUUGUUCUAUGCAAUCUGUGAUUACAUCAUCUAAUAGUUUAUUAGAUAAUAGUAAUACUACUAAUAACAAUAAUAAUAGUAAUAGUGUUUAUGCCAAUUCAUGGUAUGUUAGUUUAAAUCGAAACAAAUUAAAUACGAUACAAUGUUUACCAAAUGAAAUGAAUGAACAUUUACAUGGACAACAAUCAUUAAUGAAUCCUAAUCAAUUACCUUCUAUAUCAUUGAAUUCAACAAUUGGUUCCAAUCCAUCAAUAACUUAUCAUCAACGACAAUAUAAUCAUGUACGAUUAAAUAAUAAUUUACAAUUAAUGAAUCCUCAAUUACGUUCAUUUAUGAAAUCAAAUUGUCAAGGAAAUACAAAUCAAAAUAUAAAUGAAAAUGGUUUAAAUGGAAGUGGUGAUGGUUUUGGUUGGGAAACUCCAGAUUCCGGUGCUGGAAGUAGUAGUAUCAAUGAAAUAUCAUCACAACAUCAUCCUCAACAACACCAACGACAACAAUCUGGUUAUUUAUUGAAUCCAUCAUCAUUAUUCUUAUCUUCUUCAACAUCUUCUUUAUUAUUUGGACAUUAUUAUCAAACUUAUGGUGAAAUCAUUCAAAACAAUACCACUAAUAAAGUAAAUAAUCAAUCAGAUUUAUUCAUAUUCAAUACAUUAUUAGAUAAUCUUCCACCAUUAUGGACAUUAUUUACAAAAACAUCAACAUCUUUUUAUGAAUCCGAUUUAGAUUCAUCAGAUUCAUCUGAUAUACCAGGAAAUAUUAUUAAAACUACUGAUUUAUCAAAACAUAGUACCCAUCCUCCUCCUCCUCUUCCUCCACAUCAUCACCAUCAGCAACAACAACAUCAUAGUAGUAUGAAUGGUCAGUUAAUAUCUCAACUACCUCCUAUUUCAUCAUCACAACAAUUAUCUAAUUGGUCUAGAUUAGAAGAACGUAAACUACGUACAAUUUAUUAUCAAUUAAUUCAUACAUAUAAACGUUUACAAUCCAUGUUAAUUGAUAUGCCUAAUACAUAUCAAUUGGUUAUACCAAAUGAUAGAAAUGAAAUUGGAGAGAAGACAAAAACUACAAAUGAUGUCAUUGAUCAUGAUCAAAAUAUAUCAACAACAAGAUUUGUAUCAGUUGGUUCAACACAGCAACCGAUGAAUUUGGAUCAACAAAAUUUGAUUACAAUGAAUUCGUUACGUAAAUUACCAUUGGCUGUAUUUUUGGAAAAUUCAGUUCUAUUACAAGAAUUAUGUUGUAUUAAAGAAGAAUGUGCUGAUCUUAAAAUUCGUGUAUAUUUACUUGAAAAAGAAUUACGUGCUAAUCGUUUAACAUUAGAUAGUCGUACUGUUGCUGAACGUGCAUUACGUGCUCAUCUUGAUGCAUUAAUUAUUGAACAAAAUAAUCAAUAUUCAAUAUUAAAUGAUAAUAAGUUAAAAUUAUCACAAACAACAACAAUGGCGACGUCGUCGACGACGACGACGACAACAGCAACAACAACAACAACAUCAGGAACAGGAAUAACAACAACAUUAACCAAUCAAUCUAUACAGAAUAUUAAUCAAAAUGAAAUAGUUUUAUUAAGAGGUCAAGUCAAGAAUUUAUUACAAGCUCUUGAAGCAUUACGUAGUAGUACAGAAAUACAACAAAUACAAAGUGAAGAAUUAGUGAAUGAUUUAAAACGUGCUAAUAGUGCAUUAAUUAAAGCAUUUGAUAAAAUAAAACAUAAAUAUACAACACGUAUUAAAAAAUUAGAAGAUCAAUUAAAUUCUAUGCAUUCUAUUCCUUCAUCCACAUGUUCUACAUCAUGUCAUACUACUACUACUAGUUGUAGUAGUACAUCUACUACUCAUAAUAAUUAUUUAAGUAAUACAUUCAAAGGAUGUAUGAUAGAACAUCAUAAUAUUAAUGAAAUAUCAAAAGCAUCUAUUGUAUUAAAUGAUAUGAAUAAUGUAAAUAUAAAUUCUCAAAUUCAUCCCAUUUAUCCUGUGCAAAGUGCUUUACAACAACAACAACAACAACAACAACAACAACAACAACCUGUAAUAACAACAUCAACAUAUUCAUUGAAUAUACCUUCAAUAAUUGAUUGUCAUCGUAAUUUAUCAUCAAUACCGACAUCUCAUAUCCCUCCUAUUCCUCAACAUCAACAUCAACAAUAUCCACUGCAUCAUCAACAUGAUCAUCAUUAUUAUCCACAAAUUAAACAACAACCUAUAACAUUGAAUACAUCUCAAUUGAGAACAACACCACUUUCAACUAAUUCAUUAUCACAACAGUUUUCAAAUUUAAAACAUUUUCCUACUCACUGAAAUAUCAUUCAAUUUUUCCUUUUACUUCAUUGUACAUAUAUAUAGGUCAUCAAUCAAAUCAGUAAAGCUAACUUUUUUCCCUCCUCCUCCUCCUUCUUCUUUUUCUUCUUCUUCCUCUUCUUUUUCUUCUUCUUCUUCUUCUUCUUCUUCUUCUCCACCACGACCACGACCACGACCACGACCACCUCCUCCUCCUCCUGCUACUACUACUACUACUACUACUACUUCAAAUUCUUAUACGAUUCUUGUUUCCCUUCUUUCUUUCUUUUUUUUUGUAUGUGAAUACUUAGCAACAAUAACAAUUCAGAUAGUUAUAUUAUCUCUUGUUUCCUUUCUUCUUUUUUUUCAUAUUUUCCGCGGUUUGUUUUGUUUUUAGCGGGAAAUGAUAUUCUAACCGAUAAUGUGGUGUUUUUACUGCUGAACUACUCUUUUAUUCAAUAUAUAUUUAUAUUUAUAUACUACUCAUUGUACUACUUAUAUAUUCAUUACAUAUAUUAAAUGAUCCGUGAUGAUUUUCAAUAUGCCUUAUGAGGAUAAGAUUUAUCAUUUUCAUAUAUUGAUUAAUUGAUUUAAAUCAUUAAAAGGAAUAGAAUAUGAUUUAUGCUUUUGAUUUGCAUUUUGUUGUUGUUGUUGCUGUGGUUGCUGUGGUAGUUCUUUCACAUUGUACUCAUUCUAACUAAUCAAUAUGUUAUGAUGGUGAUGAUGAUGCAUUUGUUUUAAUCUUUUCUUUUUUCUCCUCUCUCUCUCUCUUCAUCUCUCUUGGAAACAAAACAAAAUAGGAAAUAAUCAGAGAAAGGGUGGGGGUGGGGGUUGAAAUUUUAUAAGUCAAUUAAAGUUAGAUCAUCAUUAAAAAAACAUGAACGUAUUAGAUGGUUGUUUCGUUCUAGUAGGGAACUUGUCAACAAGAUGAAAUGCUCAUCCAAUAUUAUCAGGUUUUCUAUGCUAAUCUAACUUUAAUUGAUUCAUAGAAAUUCAGUUAUUAAAACAAAGAAAUGAUAUCAUCUUUGAUAUCUUCUUUUCUUUACCUCUUCUUGAUGAAGCCUUCUAUCCCACUGACAUCUAUAUAUUAUACAUAUGAAUCUGUUGUUCAUCUCGUUGUACUCAUGAGAUAUAACAACUUGAAUCAAUACCCUGAUCCUAGAUGGUAACUGAUUGAUGAUUGACUGAUCAGUUACAUAAUCAUAUUAUAGAUCAAUAUAGAAAGUGUUUGAAAUGAUUUCUCAGUAUUGUUUAUUUCAUUGUUAUCAUUCUUUUAUUCUUUCUCUUUUUUUCUCACUUUUUUAUAUAUAUACUACUGAAUUACUUAUUUUGAUUUGCACAUAUUCAAAUACAUGCAUAUACAUAUAUAUAUAAUGUAAAUUUCUUCAUUAGUAAUUUUGUAUGAACAAGGAGUUUAUAGAUAAACAAUAAUAUUACUUAUUUG